AAUUUCCUUUGCUGUGGUGGGCCAUUUUGGGACCCUAACUCUCCCCUCAGCUAAAAGUUUUUUCUGUCCGAAAAGCUCCCACUCUCCCACCCCACUUCUCCUCCAAACACAUCCCAACCCCCCUUCUCUCUCUUACUUUCAUCGAGAGAGAGAGAGGAGUAAAGCAAACACCAAAGCCAACGCCCUCGACCAGACGCGACCGUCGGUUAGGGCUUUUGCUCGCAUUUUAGAGAGAGAAAGAGAGAGUGGAGAGUGCCCCUGGGAGAGAUCGGAGAUCGAGCUCGAGGAUCGGAAACGCCGGCCGGGGAGGCAGCGAAAGGUUUGCAGGGUUUGGGGAUUUGAAUCGCGGAGGGGAAGUUUAUGGUUUGUAGCUGUUAAAGGAGCUAGUUUGUUGGCAUUGAGCAAAUGGACUCGGAUACGUCUCUGGACUAUGCUCUGUUCCAGCUCUCGCCGAGGCGUUCACGAUGCGAGUUGUUUGUUUCGGGAGAUGGGAAGACUGAGAAGCUGGCAUCUGGAUUCUUGAAACCAUUUAUUACUCAUUUGAAGGUUGCUGGAGAGCAGGCUUCACGGGCAGUUCCGUCGAUAAAGCUUGAGGUCGAGAGACGGAAAAAUAGCAGCACAUGGUUCAAUAAAGGAACUCUCGAAAGGUUUGUUCGAUUUGUAAGUACACCUGAGGUGCUGGAAUUGGUCCAUACAUUUGAUACUGAGUUGUCACAGUUGGAAGGUGCUAGGAAAAUAUAUUUACAGGGAGCAGGAGAUCCACCUUCUGGUGCACUGGGUGAACAUGGAACAGCAGCAGCAGACAUAACAAAGAAGGAACUUCUCAGGGCCAUUGAUGUGCGGCUCGUUGCUGUAAAGCAAGAUCUGAGUACAGCUUGUGCUCGGGCAUCGGCUGCUGGAUUCACCCUUGACAAGGUCUCUGAACUACUUAUCUUUGCUGACCAUUUUGGUGCACAUCGCCUGAAAGAAGCAUGCACCAGGUUUAUUUCACUAUGCCAGAGGCGGCCUGAUUUUGUUUGCCAUCAGCACCUGCCUCCAUCAUUGCCAUCACAAUGGAGGGGCUUUGACGAUGGGAAUAUCCGUGCCUCCUCUGGCUCAGACAUGUCAAUAGAUGAGCCAGAGGUGGAGCCAGGUGGUGGUAAAUUACCCUCUAAUGAUGGUGGGGGGCUUGAGCUCCCCAAGCCCAGCAACAGCCGACAACCAAAACUAAGCAUGGCAGGAGUACCUGCUGCAAGUCAGCAGGUGAAGCCCAUUCCCAGGCAUUUUGUGGAAAUACAAGCAGAGAAGGCAACAGAGGAGCCUCCUGCUGCAUCGGUGGCUGAGCCAGCUCAGCAGGCUCCUGGAGAGGGUUCGAGGCGUCUAAGCGUGCAGGAUCGGAUCAACCUCUUUGAAAGCAAGCGGAAAGAACAGACUGGAAGUUCUAACAGCAUCCCUGGUGGGGGUGUUAGUAAGGUGGCUGCAGGCAAGGGGGAGCACCGAAGGCUUCCUUCUGAUGUCAGUGUCGAGAAAUCAGUGUUAAGGAGAUGGAGUGGUGCCAGUGACAUGAGCAUAGAUCUUAAUAACAGCACCAAUAGCAGCUACAAUGAGAUGAAAGGGAGUGGGAGUGCUGCAGGGACCCCUACAUCUGUCAACUUCCAGGACCAAUCCAUUAGUAAAACUGAAGAGAAGGAGGCUAGUGGAUUGAAGGAUACUGCCACAUCAUGCUCCUGGUCGGAUCUUAAAGAAUGCCCAACAGUGACUUCCUCUUCUUCCUCUUCUUCCUUGCCUUUGUCUCAGGUCGAGAUCAAGGCUUUUCGUAAGGAUAGAGAUCAUAUUGAGAAUGAAGGUACUGCAACAUCCAGUACCCAGUCAGGAUCAACUGUGGAGAAGGAGCAGGGGAUUUACUGGAAGAAUGUUUCUAUGGGCAGGAUGGAGAAUCAUGGACUGAAUGAUCAAGCUGCUUCUCAGACCCGAGUGAGAGCUUCUUCACAAUCAGAUGACUGUACAGGUUUGAAAGAGCAUGCAGCCAUUCAUACCCAAUGUAGAGCCAUUUCAGAGGAGGAUGUGAAAGACCAAGCAGCUGUGCGGAUCCCAUCACGAGCUGUAUCAGCUGUAGGUGAGCAGGUUGGACGGAAAGAUCAAGAAGGUUCACGGUCCCAACCUAGAGAGAUGCCUUCAGGUGUAGGUGUUGGAGCAAAGGAACAAUCAACCUUGAUUACCCAAUUCCGGACAUUUGUGAGCAAAGCAGAGGACAUCAAAGUGAAAUCAAAAGGGCCAUCAGAUUCACGAUUUCCAUUCAAAACUUCGUCUGGCAAGACAGAAGGCAUCUUCCCGGAAAGUGACUUGCUGAUUCCCCAAUCUCAAUGGAGAACUCCUGGAAAACUGGAGGAAGUAGGAGUAAAAGAUGCAGCUGCUUCUCAGGUUCCGUUUGGUUCUCUUCCAGCCAAACCAAAAGAACAUUCUGGUCACCUGGGAACAAUUUCGUCUCGGCAAUUGUAUGCGCCCGAUCAGAUUAGGAAGUUGCCGGGACAGAAAGAUGAAAGAGCACCUGAAGAAGGAAAUGCUGUUGCAGUUUUUCCAGGGAAGAGGCCUAAGGAAAGCAUGGAAACAUUAGAUUCACCCUCCACAUCUUUAACAGAGCAGGUUCAGGUGGUGAGGCCAUCGAAAGGAAAUCAAGAGCUGAAUGAUGAACUGCAAAUGAAGGCAAAUGAGUUGGAAAAACUUUUUGCUGCACACAAGCUCAGGGUUCAAAGUGAUCAGAUGGCUUCUCGAAGAAGCAAACCUGCUGAUGUGCAGGUUGAUCAUGCACCCAAGGCCGUGGAGAAAAGAGCGGCAGCUCCUCCUCCUAACCAAAUCCCUGAGAGCAAUCAAGUGAGGGAGAAUUCUAGUAAUGGUGUAGGUUUUGAUGCUAAUUUACUGUUGAAGAUGGUAGAUAAUCAGGACUAUGGUAAUAAAAUAAAGCAGAAACUUGGUUCCCUCAGUCCAUCAGAUGACUGUAGAGGAAAAUUCUAUGAGAAAUAUAUGCAAAAAAGGGAUAUAAAGCUAAGGGAAGAGUGGGGAUCUAAAAGGGCUCAAAAGGAAGCAAAGAUGAAGGCUAUGCAUGACAGCUUAGAACGUAGUCAGGCUGAAAUGAGGGCCAAAUUUGCAGGACCUGCUGGUGGACAAGAUUUGACAUACAGUUCACGCCGUGCUGAAAAGUUCAGGUCUUUUAAAGCCUCUUCAUCUUUAAAAAACAAAGACCAGACAUUAGAGUCCAUUCAGGGAGAGGAAGAAGAGCUGCAAGAAUUUUAUGAACAGGUUGAUUAUAGCCAAGAUAAAUCAUAUGGUGAUAAUCUAUUUAGUGAUGGAUCUUCUAAAAGCAACAACUCCAGAAAGCUUCCAUCUAGUAAAAGUUUGUCUUCCACCACUCCUCGGACAUCUGCACUGUCACUCCCCAAGUCUUCUACCAAAGCUACCAAAGCUGGUUCUGUAAAACUCAGGACCCAACCUGAAAAUCCUCUUGCACAAUCUGUUCCCGACUUCUCUGACUUCAGAAAGGAAAACACACAGCCAUCAGCAGGAAUUAGCAGAGUAAAUACACGUGUUCGGUCAAAAAACUUUUCUCGAAGCAAGAGCAACUGUGAAGAGGUGAACCUCGUCAAGGAAGACAAGCCACGUAGGUCACAGUCCAUGAGGAAAUCUUCAGUUGGUCCUUGUGAAUUGAAGGACCUUUCACCUCUUAAUUCUGAUGGAGCCAAUUUGUCACCUGCAAGAUUUUCCAAGGACAGUACAGAGCCAGUCUUUCUUAAUAAAGUCCAGAAGAAUGGUGAAUCAAAAUCAUUCCUCAGGAAGGGCCAUCAUGGGUUGGGACCUGGUGCUGGAGCUGGUGUGGCUAAACUUGAAGCCUCCAUGGUUUCUGAGGUGCUAAAGGAUGGAGCAGAUUUUGAAGAAAUGGUGGAUCAGCAUGAGCAUUCACCUGACAUGGUUCAAGAUGAAGAAGAGCUUGAAAGAAAAUCUGCUGAAGGAAAUCCUAAGGCCACAGAUUUUCCUGCAGACUCAGAGAGUGAAAAGCCAAGACUGAGUCAAGAAUCUGGAAAUUUUGAUGACCCUGGAUCAGAAGAUGGCGAUGUUCCAAGAUCAUUUUCCCAAGCAGAUGAUGAUAUGGCUGCGGUUUCUACAAAGUUUAAUACUUUUGCAGGAAAUUUGCAGGCAUCACCAGGGGAAAGCCCUGGAUCAUGGAACUCACACAUUCAACAUUCAUUUUCUUAUGCAAAUGAGACAUCAGAUAUUGAUGCUUCUGUAGAUUCAGCUACAGGCAGUCCAGCAUCUUGGAACUUUCACCCACUAAACCAAAUGAUGGAAGCUGAAGCUGUUCGAAUGAGAAGAAAAUGGGGAAGUGCUCAGAUACCUAUGCUUGUUGCUAAUGCAUCUCAGCAACCACGGAAGGAUGUGACGAAAGGGUUCAAGCGGCUAUUGAAAUUUGGGAGAAAAAGCAGGGGCGUAGAGAGUUUAAUAACUGAUUGGGUAUCUGCCUCAACGGCUUCCGAAGGUGAUGAUGACACAGAAGAUGGCCGCGAUUUGGCAACACGUCCAUUAGAUGAUCUGAGGAAGUCGAGGAUGGGCUACCCUCUUUCUUCUUAUGAUGGCUCCAAUGAGGGCGAGGUCUUCCCUGAACAAGCACAAUCCGUACGCAGCUCCAUUCCAAAUGCUCCUGCAAACUUCAAGUUGAGGGAGGACCAUCUUACUGGAAGUUCUUUGAAAGCACCUCGCUCUUUCUUCUCUCUUUCAACCUUUCGGAGCAAGGGAAGUGAAUCCAAGCUUAGGUGACUCUGGAGUUAAUAUGGCUGAAGUAAUAUACUGCUGUGAUUUUUUCGAUACAUGUUAUACAUCAGCAUUAGUUUGUGAUAUAUCGGGUAAUUCAUGUGAUUGUGAGUUGUGGGCUCCCCAUUUCUUUGUGAUCUCAGUUUUGCAUUGCGUUGGACAUCUAGAAUUUAUUAGGCUAACAUGCCAAUUGGCACGAAAGUACUGUAAUUUUGGGUAGCCCAGCGUUUUCCUCUCCUUUUGUAGUCUGUAUUAUUAUAUAUCAAAAUUAUGGGAACAAGAGCCAGCAAUGAUAUCUACUACGUGAUUGUUUUGUACAAAUUAAA